GUGGAUGUUGGCAUAUUUCCAUUUCCAUGGGUCCUUAUGUUUCUUUAUUAUUAUUGUUGUUGUUUUGUUUUUUUUUAAGCGCCAGUUCACGGCGCAUUAUUUUCCGUUGUAGCACUUUGUGGACGGUCCCUACGCACACGCCUGCCCUCAACCCCGUAGUGCUAAGUAAAUUCUGCAGCAGAAUUUAAGGAAAGCGCGGAAAGUUCAGCGUCUUUUCCUCUACGUCUGUCUUGUCCUGGUUUAGAUGAGAUAACGAGAUGCACAGUUUGUCAAAUAUUAAUCAGGGUUGUUGGAAACUGUAACUAUUUGACAUAACCGCAGACAGUCCAAGGCGGUGAGCAAAGGAAUCGCCAGAGUUUCUCUUGGAUUUCGAGACAGCACGGUGAACUCGGACUGAUAAAUAUUUUAACUCCUUAUUCUUUGACAUAAAUCCCGCAAAGGAUGUUUGCUUUUCUGUGCAAGAACUUUCGACGUACACUGAACCAGGCACAGCAGUCCCCUGUUCUGAGGUCUCCACUGGGACACAAGUUGCAGACCCGCGCAUGCGUUGCCCCCGCUGCUGCUGCCCCUCUUUUAAAAGAGGAUCAUCUUGUGGUCAACUAUGGCGGUACCCUAAUGCAUCUGAACUACGUGUGGCUCCGUGACCACUGCCGCUCCGCAUCUUCCUACAACAACAAAACCAACCAAAGGAAUAUAGACACUGGGAGCAUUGACCUGGACAUCCGCCCUGACCACACAGCGGUGAAGGAUGACAACCUUAUUCUUACCUGGCCUGGUGGCCAGGUCUCUCAAUACAGUCUUAGCUGGCUGUCUGAGAACAGCUACGAAGGCAAGAAGACCAGCACUGUCCAGCCACGCAUCCUGUGGAACUCAGACGUCUACAACAACGCCAACAUAGCGCCGGCGAAAUGGGAGACGUUCAUGAGCCGUGAUGAUGAACUCAAGAAAUUUCUCCACAACUACAUCUUGUAUGGGAUCGCUUUUGUAGACAAUGUGCCUGCUACAGUGGAGGCUACAGAGGCUGUUGUCAGGAGAGUCAGUCUUAUCAGGGAAACCACAUAUGGUGGGAUGUGGAGUUUUACCUCUGAUCAUUCCAGAGGAGACACGGCCUACAGUCAGCUGGCUCUGGAUCGUCAUACUGAUACCUCCUACUUUUACGAGCCUUGUGGAAUACAGGUAUUUCACUGCCUAAAACAUGAUGGGACUGGGGGUAGAACUCUGCUCGUGGAUGGAUUCCACGCUGCAGAAAAACUACGUCAGCAGUCACCCAAAAACUUUGAGCUCCUGACCAAUGUGCCUAUCAGACAUGAGUACAUAGAAAACAGCGACAACCAUCGGAAUCACAUGCACGGCAUAGGCCCCGUGCUUAACGUCUAUCCUUGGAACAACGAGGUUUACAUGAUCAGAUACAACAACUAUGAUCGGUCAGUGAUUAACACAGUGCCUCAUGAUGUUGUUAAACAAUGGUAUGUGGCGCAUCGAGAGUUGACAACUGUACUGAGGCAACCUGAGAAUGAGCUGUGGGUUAAACUGACUCCGGGCAAAGUGAUUUUUAUAGACAACUGGCGUGUCAUGCACGGGAGGGAGUCCUUCACAGGCCUGAGGCAACUGUGUGGAUGUUACCUGACCAGGGACGACGUGCUCAGUGCAGCACGGGGCUUCAAUCUGCAGGCCUGAACUCGGACACGAAGACUGUUUCACUUUAUUGUGUUGUAAAAUGUAAGAAUGGAAUUGUCAACAACACGGAUGUUAGUCAUUGAGCUUUGUAGUAAAACUUAAAAAAAAAGUUAUCUUUUAAUGUAGAACUAAUGAGAUGUUUGAACAGGUUUCUCUUAAUAUUAACACAUCCUAACAACCGCACCUUUUAGAGGAGUUCAUAAUGAACCUUAUGCUUGUUUGUCUAUGUCUGGAUCAGGUGUUUAAAAGAGAAUCAGGAAGUUAGGCUGGGUAAUUACAAGGGACUGUUCUUGCUCUUUUUAAGGACAGUUGCAGUGUUACCACGUGUCCUGGAAAAUUAUUGAACUUUUUUUCCAGUCAUUGAAAACAUUUGUUAAAUGAGAAAUAAGUUACUGGAAACAGUUGAGUUAUCCUGGAAAAUCAUUUAUCCUCCCUUUGCUUUUAGAGUGAAAAAAAAAAAACAGAUUAAAAGUGGUUAGUGGAGAACAGCAGAGGAAUAGAAAGAAAGAACACUGCUAGCCAAAAUCAUAUUAAAAUGUAUUUAAAAAAACCCACGCCCUAAAAGAACAUAUGUAUCAAUUAGGACAUUUGUUCCUUUGAAAAAUUAAAUUCUCAUUUACACCUGCAUCCAGAAGGUGGCAGUCGUGCCACAGUAUAAAUGCCAACUCUUGUUAACAACAAUCCGUUGUCAUCAAAUAUCAUCUAAAUACGGGUGAGUCUAAUAGAACGUAGUGGCACGGACCUAACAGAAAACCUUCAAUUUAGACAGUAACUGCAGAAAAAUAAAAAGUCUAAUGGAGGAAAUCAUUUGUUUUUUUGUCAAAGGUGGAAAAAAAAAACCUGACCAUCAGAUAAUUUUAAAUACAGCUGACGAGGUCCCUGUUCACCUAUUCACUUCCACUUCUAGAAUCUUUGUAGCACAAGUUAAAAUUAUAGAAAAUUCAAGAGACCUAAAUCUGACUAAAUAACAAAUAAUUAUUUUCCAUCACCAUUUAAUAACAUGAAUAUAUGUUAUACUUGUUGAGUAAUGAAGUAACUAUGAUUUUUCUUCCAGCAUUGGUUCAUUGACACGUUUUCUUUUUAUGUUACUAACAUAAUUGUAUGAACUGGGGACAAGCAAAAGUAUGGGUUAUUGGACACACAUGCUGGGGCACUAACCGUGCUCUAAUGGACAUGCAUUUCAACAUUUAUAAAAAAAA